CCGAAUAUUUAGAGAAUUUGAUCAACGAUUGUAAUGUUAAAUCCCCAAAGCAAAAGGUGAAGUUUCCCGGGAAAAUCAGAAAUUAGGGUUUAAAGAUUCAAUUACUUGGAUCGUAAAAUGUCUCAGACUGGGAAAUUGAUGCCGAAUCUCGAUCAACAGAGCACGAAGAUGCUCAAUCUCACUGUUCUCCAAAGGAUUGAUGUUUUCAUAGAAGAGAUCCUGAUCACUGCUGCUCACGUCACUUUCUACGAAUUCAACAUCGAUAGCAGUCAAUGGAGUCGAAAAGAUGUUGAAGGAUCUCUCUUUGUUGUUAAGAGGAGUACUCAACCUCGGUUCCGGUUCAUUGUAAUGAAUCGACGAAACACAGAUAAUUUAGUGGAGAAUCUAUUGGGAGAUUUUGAGUACGAGGUUCAAGGUCCGUACUUGCUGUAUCGAAAUGCAGCACAAGAAGUUAAUGGAAUUUGGUUCUAUAAUCCCCGUGAAUGUGAGGAAGUUGCAAGCCUGUUUAGUAGAAUACUUAAUGCAUACUCAAAAGUUCCUACAAAGCCAAAAACAUCUUCAAGUGCAAGUGAAUUUGAGGAACUAGAAGCAGUUCCUAGCAUGUCCGUAAUCGAAGGCCCCUUGGAGCCACCAGCAACUGCCUCUCCUGCUAUUGAUGCUCCUCAAGAUUCAUCAUUUGUUAACUUCUUUAGUGCUGCUAUGAAUCUUGGAAGUAAUGCUCCAAAUAGUACAAAACCAGCACAGCCUUACCAUUCUAUCUUGACCACCCCUCUUUCUUCUCAUGCACCAUCUGCCAUCUCGACUCCCGCACUUUCUCUAUCAGUGUCAUCCCUUCCUCUUUCUGCUCAACCUUCGCUUGAUUCAGUAGGUAGUGGCAACCGGGUGGCUAAUCUUGUAAAGCCUUCUUCAUUUUUUGUACCCCCUUCCUCUUCCUCCUUGAUGAUGCCACCUCCCACUUCAUCAAAUCCAAUCAUUUCUGCCCUUCAUCCACCCGUCAUUCCACAACGUCCUUAUGGCACUCCAAUGCUUCAACCCUUUCCACCACCUACUCCACCGGCAUCUCUCACUCCUGGUGCACCAUCUUCUUUGCAGAAUGAAUCUCUGAUUAGCAGGGAUAAAGUCCGUGAUGCACUAUUAAUGCUUGUUCAGGAUGAUCAAUUCAUUGACAUGUUCUAUCAGGCAUUGCAGAAGGUGCAUCACAUGUGAGCACCGUAGAGUCGAUCCUCAAGAAACUUCAUUUUUAUGUUCAAUGUGCACCGUAUUCUUUUUAUUUUCUUUGAUUUGCUAUCUAAACUUUGACAUUUGAUUUGAUCUACAUACCAAUUGUUUACCGAGGACAAGGUGUUGAGGCAUAAAAAAGAAUGUGAAUCAUGUUUGCUGACACGGUAAAAAAGGCUGCUCACAGGCAUCGACAGACCUAAGUUAUAGUGUUGAGAGAAAAAAGAGUAAGAAUCGGAGUCUCUUAAACCCGAGAGCUUUCUCCUCCUAUCACCAUUCUGUCAGCAUCUUUAAGUCUCACCUUCAGCAGGGAGAGAUCCGUUGUCAUUGGUAUUUGGAGUUUGCUUGUUUGUUUUUUCCACUUCCUGAGAUGUGCAUCAUAUUAGGGCGGCCGAUUGCGGCAGCCGUAAUCACUUCGGUUUUUUUUUGAUCAAGUCAGUUAUAGAGGACCUGAUUCCUAAUUCACCACAGUACAAGUUGGAGGUGCAAUGGACAUUGAAACAGAGUUCGAGGAUCAAUUUGGUGUUUGGAGGUGCAAUGGACUUUGGAAACUUAUAGGUUGGUUGGUUUUAACAUAUUUAUAUCUUUUUAUCUGAACUGUAAAUUGUAUGAAUAUAUUUAACUUUUUUUUAUUCUCUCUUUAAAGGCAUAACAUGCAUGAUGUAAGCUCCU